UGAUUUCUCAGUUUUGAGUGUCAGGGGAAGAAAGGCCGGAAUACAUCUGAAGACUUCUUGUUCUCCGGUGUUCUUCUGUUUUGGGUUGUGUUCUAUAUGGCGCUGGCUAAGUUGCGUAUCAGAAAACUUUCAGCUGAGACAAGUUUAGAUUGAGUAUCAGCUCCUUGUCACCAGGGGGAAGAUAUUUGAGCUAAAGGCUCGUUCUUCCAUUAAGUAGAUCAUCAAUAUAUGUGCAGUCUUCUUUACAUAUUAACAAUUGCUAUCAGAAGAAAAGCUUCUUCGUAUUGGCUGGCGCUGGUCCUUUUGAUGUGCAAUGAUCAGUGGAACUUUCCGUAUAAAAUUUAUAGUUCUGUGAUCCCAGUUUCCUAUUGGAGUAAACUAAGGCAUCAAACCUUGGAGGAACCGAUCUUAACCUGCACAUACAAGUCUUAGAAUAAGCUGUUGAAGAUAGAUACAAUGAAUUUUGGAACUAACCAAGGUGUAAAUGGCGGUUUCAGUAUUACACGAGAAACGUCAAAGUGUAUUCCUGUGGCAAAUGGACCUAUUCAUCACUGGAAACAUUCAAAUUGGUCAAAUGUUGACAACUAUGGGAAUUAUAUGGUUCCCGGCAGCAAGGAUCUCAGCCUACUUCCAAAUAGGGUAAUUCCUACCUCAUCUAUUUCUAUAUCCCCAAAUUUUGCAGAACCAGUACAAAACAUGUGCCCCCAGUCCUCAACAUUUUGUACCAGCUUACAAGUAUCACCAGCGUCAACCUUGGACCAUCAGAUGCAGUUUCUUCAACCUGGCUCAUCGUCAACCCAGUAUAUGAUGCCUCAAAAUCAGACCAUGUUACCUGUUCAACUGCAAGGUGAAAAUUUAGCAGCUUAUCAGCGGUAUGAGGGCCAGCAGAUUAUAAAUGGUGGACACUCUGAAUUGCUUGGAGAUGUUAUCAGAGAUGGCACUUUUGAUUGGGCCACCGGCCGCACCAUUGAUACUACCAGGACAGACAACAUUAUAUCUCAACAAAAUGGAUUGCAAAUACAACCUAAGCGGUUUGACUUUAUCAUGAACCAUGAAAAUCAGAAUGCUCAAAUGGAUGAAAUUUUCAUAGCAACCGAACAUUCCCAAGUCCAUGGUAAUCACAGCCAGGCGAAUAGAGGUUUUACAUUUUCCCUUGAAGAUGAGACAAAUUCUGCCAUCUCUAGCAUUGAUGUUUUGCACAAGCCUCGGAUGCGGUGGACUCAGAAGCUGCACGACUGCUUCGUACAAGCCACUAAUGAUCUAGGUGGCGCUGAUAAAGCAACUCCAAAAAGUGUACAGAUGAAAAUGGGUGUUGAAGGAUUAACUAUAUACCAUGUGAAAAGCCACUUGCAGAAGUACCGGCUAGCGAGGUGCCAACCUGACACCAAAGAAGAUAAAAGGUCCUUCAUUUCAGAGUUUCUAAACAGGACUGCAGCACCUGAAAAAGAAAUUAGUGAUCCAUCAAAGAAGUCUGCACCUGAAUCAGAAUCACUUCGAUUGCAGUGGGAGCUUCAAAAAAGCCUUCACGAGCAACUUGAGUUUCAAAAGGAGUUGCAGAGACGAGCUGAAGAAAAUGCACGGCAACUACAGAAGUUGUUGGAAGAACAGAAGAAAGUGGGAGAAGCAUUCAUGCUGGCCAGCCAAUCAUCCUUUUCUUCAACAAAUCCGGUAGUUGCUGCUGGUCCCUCAUCUACUCAUCUAGAUUUGGUUCAGGGUCAGUUGAAUAACAACGAUGCGUCAUUGAGAUUAUCACCACCUUCUCCGAAGAAAUCAAGGGUCGAACUAGGGACACCAACGUUUAGGUAUUGAUUAUGUCAGAUACAACACCAGUAGCAACUAGCAACAAUGUCAAACUGUAAUCUCUCUUCAUUUAUUUAUUCGUUCCCGUAAUUGAUAUUCUUACCGUUCAUGUUCCUCCACAUCCGUUCAACUAUACGGGCUUUGCUUGAAAAAAUGGGGUGACCCAAAAAAUGAAAAAGACUGAGAAAAAAUAAUGGCAGAGGUUCUUCUGUUACCUCUUUCUUUUGAUUAGCGCGUAACUCUUAAGCUAGCAACCGUAAUGCACCGGUUUUUACUUUCUAGUUCUGGUGAAGGAUGUAAAGAACAAUUUCAAACUUUGAUCUGCUUAAGCUUUGGAAUGACGGAUUGUAUGCA